AUGGCCAACCUAGCCCAAGAGGUGAAAAAUCUGAAAGAGCAGGUAGAAGGAAGGACCAAGGCCCCCGGACGAGCACUGCUAACCGCGUUACCCUUCUCCGCUGAGAUCAUGGCCUUUAAGGUACCGGGCGACUUUAAGUUCCCGGAGCAAGCCACGCUCGACGGAUCAGGCGACCCACGAGAACAUCUGUUGAGUUACCAAGCUAAGAUGCAAGUCCUAGGAGUGCGGGAUCCGGUCAUGUGUCGUGCCUUCUUACCCACGCUGAAGGGGCCCGCCCAAAGGUGGCUUGUAAGUCAGUCCCCAGGGUCGAUUCACAGCUUCGAGGAACUGGCAGACCGCUUCAUGAGCCACUAUGCCGCUAACAUCAAGCCACAGAAGGAUCUGACACACUUAGGCGACAUUCAUCAGGAUGAAGGCGAGUCCUUGAAAGCCUAUCUCGCUCGCUGGCAAAAAGAGAUCCAGUCAAUAGAAGAAGUGGAGGACCAAACAGCGCUCACCUUCUUCAUUGAAUCUUUGCGAUCCGGACAGCUGUAUCGGGACCUAAGGGACAACCGCCCGGCGACGUACGCGGAGGCUAUUCAGAUGGCCAACAAGAGGGCCAACACAGAGCAUGCCAUGAAGCAUAAACGACAGCGCGAGGUCGGUGGGUCCGCCGGCGGAAAAAGGACGCGGGCGGAGACGAGAGAGAGGCGCUCGGAUGCAGUCCGGCGACCCGAGGCCAGGCGACCGUAUGACCGCCCCGUCGUUCACACCUAUCGACCGGUUCCAGAGCGACCGGUCCACGAAGUACAGGCGGUCGCCCCGCCUCCGCCUCCGCCGAUUGACGACCGUGCAGUAGACGAGGAUACAGCACGGAAGAAUGCUACUAUCUAA